UGACAUUAAAUUUUUACAAGCUAUUCCGAAUAAAAACUUAAACAAAGUAAAUAUCUAUUACAGUAGGUAAUACUUAAUCGUGACUAAAUGUAAUGUUACAGGCAUGAUCUACAGAUAAGUAUUUUCCUUCUAACUGCGGCCAUGUUAACAGGAUAUCAAAUUAUGUUACCGAAGUGGUUAUGUACGAGUGUUCUUUAUUGUUCAAAGUGAAGCUUUAAGAAUUCUAGUGGUGUUUCCAUUCUCGUCUCCCAGUCACAACAUUUUGGGUCGAGCGGUCGUACAGCACCAUUUAAAGGCUAAACAUGAGGUAGUCCAUAUAACAUCAUUUCCUUACAAAAAGCCGGUAGAAAAUUUGACAGAAAUCAGCAUAGAAGCUUUGGGAGCCGAGUUUUUGAAAGAAAUAAAUGAAUUUCGUAUAUAUUCCAUCGAGCGUCUGAUGGGUAAAAAAGCGAACAAUAUUUUAGUAAGGUCAAAUUACACGUAUGACUUCCACAAAAAAGCAUUGCUAAAUGAAAAUAUGACAAGAUUUCUUUCUGACCCCAAGGAAAAAUUCGACGUUAUUUUGAUGGAGUGGUUCUUUUCUGAUCUUUUUGCUGGAAUCCCUCCCUUAUUUAAAUGCCCCUUUAUUUGGAUGGCGUCAACAGACGCGCACUGGCAAAUCUUAAGUUUGGCCGGGGAUGUGACCAAUCCAGUGUCAACCCCGGAUAUAUUCGACUAUCCUCUGACUACUCUUUGGGGGAGAACUUUAAAGCUGAUUGAUUAUGUUAAGACAUAUUUUAUAGCCAAGAUACUCUAUGGCACAUUGGAACAAUUAUCAUACGACACCAUUUACUCGAGCAUAGCUGAAAAAAGAGGAGUUUCUAUGCCGUUAUACACCGACGCCGUGUACAACGCUUCUCUGGUCUUCAUCAACUCACACCCAGCCGUGGGGGUCCCCCACAAUAUACCGCUGAACACCAAGUAUAUUGGCGGAUAUCACAUGGACACUGAUCUGAAGUCUAUACCAAAGCAUCUACAAAACAUCAUGGACAACGCUAAAAACGGAAUGAUUUUCUUCUGCCUGGGAUCGAACAUCGAGAGCAAAUUCAUGUCAAAUAAGAUGACUCAGUCUUUACUGAGAAUGUUCUCGAAGUUCAAGCAGACUGUGGUGUGGAAGUACGAAGACGAGCUAAAAAAUGUUCCUGCCAACGUUUAUUUGGAAAAGUGGGUUCCGCAGCUGAAUAUUCUGGCUCACCCCAAUUUGAAGGUAUUCAUCACACACGGAGGCCGCAUGUCGAUAACUGAAGCUGUCCACUACGGAGUGCCAAUUAUUGGCAUGCCAGCGUAUGCAGACCAGUUUGUGAAUGUACGAGUUGUUGUAGAAAAAAACCUUGGAAUAGAAGUAACAUUGACAGAUAAUUUGGCGGAAGAUUUGGAAGUUGCUAUUAAGAAAAUUCUGGAUGAUCCGAUAUAUUCUAACAACGCUCGAGAGUUAUCUUCCAUUUACCGCCAUAGACUACUAUCUCCUGGACAGGAAUUAGUUUACUGGACAGAGCACGUGGUGAAAUCCAGGGGUGCCAAAUAUUUGCGACCAGCUGCCCGAAAAAUGCCUUUGUAUCAAAAGUUGUACUUAGAUAUUAUUUUAGCACUAAUAUGCAUUAUAUCUUUGACCAAAUUUAUAUUAUGUUUCGUCAGAAAGAUGGUUAAGGUGAAAGAAAAACUUAAUUAACCUAAUGAUAGCUAACACGAUUGGUUUCGCCGCUGAAGUCAGUUUUAUAUAGAAAGAUGCGAAUAUUUUUUAUGUCAGCCUAUAGUAACAGAUCCUCAUUCAAUCAGUGGCGCCAACUAGUGAGCUAAGAAACGCUAUCCUGUUUAGUAAUGUGGUUUGUUUUUAAUGUUUCUGUAUCUUUUUUAUUUUGAACAAAUUAAUAAAUAUAACAAUCUGAAUAAAUAUUAACUGCAUCUUAAUUUACAACCAAAUUAUAUUAUGAAAAAAAAUGGCCGUAUGUAGUGUGUAAUGGGCUCGCGUGGUGGGUCAUGGCCCGGUCUCAUUAUCCGUCCAUAAAGGCCAGUGCCCCAGCAGUGGGAACGAUUAAAUGGCUUAUGGCUAAUGUAAAGAUAAAAAAUCAUAAAAUGGGUAAAGUUAACACAAUUUAUUAAAACAAUGAGUAUACAUGAAGAAAUAAUAAUGUUAUACA